AUGGAGGUAGUAUUCGCGCUUGGCUCAAAUGGCUCCGGGCAGCUUGGUAUUGGCCACAAGGAAGACGUCUCGGUUCCCAAACAGGUGCUCUUCGAACCCGAUGCACCAAGCUCGCCCAUUGUCAAAAUUGUCGCCGGCGGAAACCACACGCUGCUUCUUACCGAGACUGGGAAGCUAUAUUGGAGUGGAGACUCGACGCCCGGGGCUUGCGGUUUGACGUCUGGUCCCGAUGUGCCUGCAGUCCGCGAGAUCAAACUCACCAGGGGCGGAGAGAGUGAGGUUGGGGAGAUUGCCCUGAUCGCUGCGACCUGGGAAGCUUCCGUGGUCGCCGCCAAGGACGCAGAAGGCAAAAAGACCAAGGUCUUCAGCUUUGGAAUGGGUGGCAAGGGAGAAUUGGGCCUGGGCGAGCUCAUUGUGCGGACACCGCACGCUAACGAGAUCAAAGACUUCCCACCUCCCGGGACAGAAGUUGUGGACCUUGCCGCCUGCAUGAGCCACGUCGUCGCGGUUCUGAGCAACGGCGAUGUCUAUGGAUGGGGCAACGGGUCAAAGGGCCAGGCUGGAGAUCCUGCGCAGGUCAUUCACGCCCCUCGCAAGAUCGAAGGCGUUCCGUUCAAAGUCGCCAGGGCCGUGUGUGGCCGCACGUUUUCUUGCUUGUUCGGCGACGCUGAGAGUGGAAACAUUCAAGUGCUCGGUUCAGACAAGUGGGGGAUCCAGUCCGGCGCGCCUCAACCCGCUCCCAAAUGGAAGGACGUCGGGGCCAGCUGGGGAAAUGUCUACAUUUUGACCGAGGACGACGAGCUACAGAGUUGGGGCCGGGACGACCAUGGACAGCUCCCUCCACCGAAGCUCCCGAAGCUCAGCAAGAUUGCCAUUGGUAGUGAACAUGUCGUUGCCCUUUCAGCUGAGGGUGAUGUCUUUUCAUGGGGUUGGGGCGAACACGGGAACUGUGGACCUCAGGUUGAGAACAAUGAUGUGAAAGGCAGAUGGAACGUCAUUGCGUCGUCAAAAUUCAUUCCCCCUGGAUCUAAGAUAGGCGCAGUCGGUGCAGGGUGCGCUACCAGUUGGGUAUUCAUUACAGCUGAUGAGUGA